AUGGGAAGUACAGGCAAGCACUUUGUUCUAGUUCAUGGGACUAACCUUGGAGCAUGGUCCUGGUACAAGCUUGUCCCCUUGCUCAAAUCCGCCGGCCACCAUGUCACAGCCUUGGACCUUGCUGCAAACGGGGUGAACCCGAGGCAGCUCAAUGAGGUGGCCUCCUUUUUUGAGUAUGCGCAACCAUUGACGGACUUCAUGGCCUCCCUGCCUAAAGGGGAGAAGGUGGUCCUAGUUGCUCACAGUUAUGGUGGCCUUUGCAUUUCUUUAGCCAUGGAGCGCUUCCCCGAGAAGAUCUCAGUUGCAGUUUUCCUGGCUGCAUUGAUGCCGAAUUACAUUGCUCCACCAGCUACCCUUUUUCAAGAAUAUUUUAAGAGGACCUCGCCAAACCCUUUCUUGGAUUCCACAAUUGUUUAUGAUUCAAAUCAUCAGAUAGUAUCGCUACUCCUUGGUCCACAAGUGCUUGCAACUGGGCUUUAUAAUGACUCCCCAACGAAGGACCUUGAAUUAGGGAAAAUGCUGGUGAGGCCGACUGGGUUUUACUUGAACGACUUGAGCAAGCCUUUCCUGUCACACAACAAAUUCGGGAUGGUCACUCGGGUUUUUAUAAUAAGUGGAGAUGAUCAAAUCCAGCCAGUGGAUUUCCAGAAAUAUAUGAUUCAGAAUAGUCCUCCUAAAGAAGUGAAGUACAUAACUGGAUCUGAUCAUAUGCCCAUGAUUUCAAAACCAUUCGAGCUUUACAUCACUUUGCAGCAGAUUGCUGAUAAAUAUAAUUGAAUUUGUGUGAAAACACAUAACCCUCUCUCUCUCUCUCUAGAACCCUCCACCGACCCACCCUUUUAGCCGCCUCCCACUUCAUCUUCCCCAUCUGGUUUUCUCCCUGCACCCUUCCAUGGGAGUGGGGAGGUGAUGUUUUUUGUCUUCCACGGACUAAAUAAAAUUAGCGUGUAAUAAUAAGUAUGCUCGAUCUGUUGGUGGUUUUCACUCCGUUUUUGCUAUUGUUUUGCUAUAUCGGCUUAUGUUUGUCUUGUUUUCGACUAGACUAGGUGGAUCUGUUGUUCUUUCUCCGACUAAAUCUCAGAUCUAUGUCGGUUUUUGUUGUCCCCGGCUCGUUCUCAGAUCUCAUCUAGAUCUCAGAUCUAUAUCGGCUUUUGUGGUUCCCGACUUGUGCGGGGUUUGGUUGAUUUUUCUACCUGUUGAAGGCACCUUAUGGAUGUAGUUUUGGAGCUGUUGCCUUGAUGAUGGCCUGACCUUUGUGUCACUCCCUUUGCUGCUCAUCUCACUUUGGUGGUUUCCGUUAUUUUUCUCAGCAAAUUUAGAGUCUGGUCUUCAUUUUUUUUAUUUUUGCUUCAGGAUUUAUAUGCCGUUUUAUGGCUUGCCUUUC